AUGUCUAAUCCAAGUCUAAUUUUCAAAUAAUAAAAUGCAUUCAAAUCUUAAAGUGAGAUUGUUUUAUCUAAGAAAAGCAAUGAUGAUAAUUUUUCCUUCAUAUAACAUAAUAUUUAAAGUUAAAUAAAACUCAAAAAUACAUAAACCAUUAAAGAUUAGAUCGAACAUUUAUAAAAAGAAAUAGUAUUCUUAGAUGAAAAAUCAAUAGAAAUAAGUGAAGAUUAAAGAAAAUAUACAAAAAGCAAAUUGAAGUUAUAAUUAAUGUAGGUUUUAAGUUAAAGUGAACAUGUUUAAACAAUAAAAAUACCUUAGAUUAAUCAAAAUAUUGAAAUUAAUAAUAAAGAACUUAUGCUUUAUGUAUUAAAAGAAACCUUAGCAAGAGAUUAAAAUAGAGAAAUUCUUAUGACUGAUGGUAUACAUUCUUGUGGUUUUGAUUCAAUAAUAGGUGCUUUUGGUUAAGAUUAAUAAUGCCUUAGAUUUAGAACAACAAAUGUAUAGUAUGAAUAAUUAAUAUCUGAUGUUAUGGUUAGAGAAUAAUAUUUAUUAAACUUUAAGGAAAAUGUUUCUAAAAUCUAUAAUGUUCCUCUAUCUGAUGUUAUUAUUUUAGACAUUACAAAAGGAAGCAGUGUAAUCUCAUUCAAAAUUUAGAAUAAAACUGAUUUAUUAAAUGAUUUAGAAUCAAUGAAAUUUCUUGAAAAAAAUUGUAAUGGUCAAGUUGAUAUUCAUAAUUAUUUUGUUGAAUGUAAUAAUUAGAAAAAAUCAGGAAUAGGAAUAAAACCUCAAGAUUUUGAUCAUAGAUAUAAUAUGGUUUGGGAUGGAUUUAAAGAUUUUGAAUUAAGAGGACCUUCUGAUAAACGUUAUGAAUAUUAUUUUCCAAAAGGAUGUUAAGGUUUCGGUUUAAAUAUUGAUAAAUAUGGAAAAGAUUAAAAUUGGAUUAAAAUGAAUGGUAAUAAAAAUGAGUGGAGAAUAUUGUAUCAUGGAACAAAGAAUGAAUGUGUAAAAGAUAUAAUAAUAUCUCAUUUAAAACCAGGAUAAAGAAAUUAAUAUUCUAAAUAUCAAUGUAUUAAUGAAGAAGGAGAAAUUGUUAAAGUUGGAACUGGAAUAUACUUUUCUGAUAAGGUUGAGGUUUGUGUAAAUGAUGGCUAUGCAACACCUAUUGAUAUCAAUGGUCGAAAAUUUUCAGCAAUAUUUAUGACUAGAGUUAAUCCCAAAAAAAUCAGAUAAAGUGAAAGCAUGAAAUAAUCACGUUAUUUUGUAGUUAAUAAUUCUGAAGAUGUUAGAUAAUAUAGAAUUUUAAUAUAUGAGUAGAAAUGA